AUGACAACGGACACUGCAACUGUUCCUAAUGAACUUGAAGAGGAAAAUGAGGCCGCCGAAUCAACAGAUUCUUCGAUUCCACCAGAUACGUUUAAUUCAUGUGAGGCACUCGAUCCAACACCAACGCAAAAUAGGACUAUCCGGCGUCGUCUCAACCCACCAGAAUUACAAAUUGCAGCAAACAAAUGUUUGAGGCAUUUAACAAUUUAA